AUGGAACAACAACAUAAAAUAAGCGAAUAUGUAAAGCCUUGGACCAUUCCAAAGAAUUUUGGUUCAGUAGGUAGAGCAAUAAAUACAACUUCAAGACCACAAUUAUUUUCCCCAAUUACAAUAAAAGAUAUGACAAUGAAGAACCGUAUUGCAGUUUCCCCAAUGUGUCAAUACUCUUGUAACGAUGGUUUUAUGAAUGAUUGGCAUCUUGUUCAUUUGGGUGCAUUUGCCAAAGGAGGGGCUGGUUUAAUUAUUUUAGAAGCUACAGCAACCUCACCAGAAGGAAGAAUCAGCUAUGGUGAUAGUGGAUUAUGGAAGGAUGAACAAAUGGAGCCAUUAAAAAGAGUUAUAGAUUUUUGCAAAAUCUUUGGUCCACGUAUGGGUAUUCAAAUUGCUCAUGCAGGAAGAAAAGCAUCAACUGAACCUCCAUUUCUCGGUCAUAGAAAACAAGGUAUUCCAUUUGACGACCCUAAAGGAUGGAAAGUAGUAGGUCCAAGUGAAGUUGCAUGGGAUGAAAAUAGUCAAGUACCACAUGAACUAUCAAUUUCAGAAAUUAAAACAGUUAUUAAUGAUUUUAAAAACACAGCACGUAGAGCAUUACAAUGUGGUUUCGACUUUUUAGAAAUUCAUGGUGCCCAUGGUUAUUUAAUUUCAAGUUUCUUAUCACCAUGCUCAAAUAAACGUACCGAUGAAUAUGGUGGUGACUUUAAUGGACGUAUCAAACUUUUACUUGAUAUCGUUAGAGAAGUAAGAACCGUAUGGCCAUCAAGCAAACCAUUAUCUGUUCGUCUUUCCUGUGUAGAAUGGGUCAAAGAUGGAUGGCAACUCAACGACACUGUCCGUUUAGCUAAAAUCUUAGAAAACAUGGAUGUUGAUAUUUUAGAUUGUUCAUCUGGAGGUAACAGCUCAAACCAACAUAUUGUUGGAGGACCACUUUAUCAAAUGCCAUUUGCUCAAGAAGUUAAAAAUAACACAAAUAAGCUCUAUACAAUGGGUGUUGGUUUAGUUAACAAAGCACAUGAAGCAGAAUCAUGCAUUGCCGAAAACAAAUGUGAUAUUGUAGCGGUAGGUAGAGCUUUCCUUCGUGACCCAUACUGGCCAAUCCAUGUGGCAAAUGAUUUAGAUUGCGAUGUUGAUGUUCCACUUCAAUAUGCAUUCAUCGAUAAACGUAUGAUGGCACAUCUCCAUGGCAAAGAUAUCUUUGAUUUAAAGAAACCAGGCAAUCAUUAA